AUGGAUCUAAAGGAUUAAAAUUUUCAAUCAGAAACUAAUUUAGAAAUAUCUACCAAUAAUCUCUAUAAUUACGAAAUAUUUAAAAGAAUAACAUGGUUUUUAAGCCUAAAAGAUGUAUUAGCUUUGGGAGCAACUUCUCGUAUUUUAAAUGAAUUUGUCGAAAAACAUUAUUAAUUCUUUGCAGAGAAUUACUAUAAAUAAUUUCUCAAAGAUUAACUGGAAAUAGCUCUUGAAAUUUAUUAUCCUGAUAUUAUUUAGAGAGAUCAAAUUCGUUAAACUAAUUUUGAGAAAUGUUUUUUUGAUUGGAAACUCCAGUUUAAACAAAUGUUACAACAGAAAAAAGCAUUGAAAAUUCCAUUUUUACUUUGUGAAUCAGUAUUUCCAAAACCCAUUUUAAAAAGAGAAACAAUAGGAUUAUAUUGCGAAUCAGAAUUCUAAAUAAUGCUUGCUUAGCGUUUGGAAUGGGAAUAAAAGGGGUUCGAAAGUCUGUUUGAGUUUUAAAUGAUAUCAAAUGAGCUAAUGAACUAAUUAAAAUAAAACAAACAAUAAAUUAUAGAUUCAAUGGGUGAAAAAUUAGAUAAAAAUGAGGUACUUAAAUCAAGAUUUUUAAAAUUCAGAUGGAAUUUAUAAAGUGAACCUUUCGAAUUUGAAUAAUUGCCUCUAUUUAAAGUAGAGUCUAAAAAUAUAUAAACGGAAGAACAGGAAGAAGAAGUGUAAUUUGAUUAAAUUUGCAUAAUUGAUCUUUUAGAAUAAUUGUAUUGUUCAGUCGAAUGCUAUCUGUAGGGAUUAUAUAUGUAUUUUUCUACAUUCAUCACCAUUAAUUCAACAAAUAGUGUAGACCUAUUGAGUGAAUACGUCAUGUAUUGGGAAGCAUAUAGUAAUUCCAUUAUAGAGUUAAAUAGCAUAAUGUAUCCUUUGGAAAACAUUGUGAAUGAAUUGCAUAAAAAAUACUUUCCUCAAUAUCCCCAAUAUCCUAAAUUUUCCAUUUGGAGAAUAAUGAGCUAAUUAUGGAUCAAAUAUAUAAUUAGAAAUGAAUAAUUUUAAUAGCUUCUCCUUGAAUGCUUCGUAAGAACAUUGCAAGCAGAAAGAUAGUCUAAGUUUCUUAAAGAAUUUGAUUAAGGUGUCAAUUAAGACCUAGGUUUCGCUCCUUCCUUUUAGAUAACUUACGAAAUUUAUGAUAAUUUUUUACUCAAACAAAAGAACAGCAUAAAGGAUUAAUUUCAGAUUGAAUCAUCUCAUAAAUUUUAUACAGAGAUAGUGGAUUUACUUAGAAAUUUUAAUAAAUCAAUUUAAGAUCUCUCUAUAAAUGAAGUCUCUGUCCAUUGGAUUGGACAUCUAGAUUGUUGUUAUGAAGAAUUUUAUGAAUAGUUAAGCGAGAGAGUUUAACAAGAGACAAGUUUGUAUUAUGAUGAAACUAAAUAAGUUUUUGGAUCUAAUGUAGCUUCUUUUAUAGAAUUCAUGAGAUUUGAUAAAGAUUUUGUAUCACAAUUUUUACCAGAGCCUUUAAUUUUUAAAAUUGAAAACUUACAGCAUGAACACAUCUACACUUAUUUAUAUUAUUAUUUAGAGCACUCUUAUCUUUAAAGGUUUAUUUAAAUUCAUAAAGAUUAAAUUGCUGUUGCAUUUAGUAAACAAAAAUCAAUCACUCCAAAUCAAGAAAGAACAUCCAUCGCAUCAUCAAAUUAUAACGAAAAUUUAGAUACUUAAUCUGAUGCAACAUUAAAUGAUGCUUAAAAAUUUUUCAAUUUUGCCUUAGAAAAUAGUAAUUUUGAUAUAGAUGAACUUUUGAUUAGGAAAAAAAAUUAAAAUCAAGAACCCUUAUUUGAAGUGAUAAAAGUAGCUCUCUCUCAGAGGAAUCUUGAAUAAUAAAUAGCAGAACAUGAUCAAUUUGAUUAAUUUUAAACUCAAGAUUAAUUUGAAUUUUAUAGACCAACAACAAUCCAGAGAGCAUACUCAAAUAAUAAAUUAAACUGUGAUUCAGCAGAUGUUCCAGAGGAGAUAAUUAAAACUGCUAAAUAAUUUCUAUUAAAUGAUUCUGAAUUUUCCAAACUUUAUUAGAUUUUCAUUGAUUAUACAAAGCAAUUUGAUAGAAGCUGGAUCUAAGUAAUUUAAAAAAAUCAAGAUAUUGAGUUAUUAAAUAAUGAAAGAGAAAUUCCAAGGGUUCUACAAGAUUACCUUUAAUACUUUUAUUAUGUAUCCAAAGAUUUAACAAAAACUAUACUAGAGGACAAUAAAGUUGUAAAUGAUGAAGAUCUAGAUGAUUUUGAAAUGAUCCCUAGCCUCUCAAAAAAUUCAUCAAAAUUUAAAAAAAACUCUGUCUGCAUGGAGGUUUAUUACUCAGAAGAGGAAGAUGAGAAUUAAGGAUGAAUUCCAAUAACAAAUUAGUAAUAUUGAAUCUAUUAAUGUAAUUUUACCAAUCCAUUUUCUC